GAGGGAGCCGAACGACCAUUUAAAGCGAUAGCAAUCCCUGCCCUCUCCCCAGUGCUGGGCUGUUGGAGAGAGCGAGCUGCACGCUGGUGAGCGCGAGCGCUGCGCGCCCGGCCGGCGAACCAGAGAGAGCGAGGCGCCCCAGGCUGGCAGGCGCCUCAGGACCCCUCACCCUCUCCAGUCGCCCCUCCCCGGAUUCCCCCACCCUUCGUGCCUGGAGGAUCCCCUGGGCUUUCCCGGAGGAGCUCGCCCAGAGGGGCUCAGACCUCGGUGAGCCCACCACCUUCCCCUCCAUCACCGCCGCCGCCACCGCAGCAGCCGGAGCAGCAUGGUCCAGCUGAGGAAGCUGCUCCGCGUCCUGACUUUGAUGAAGUUCCCCUGCUGCGUGCUGGAGGUGCUACUGUGUGCGCUGGCGGCGGCGGCGGCGCGCGGCCAGGAGAUGUACGCCCCGCACUCAAUCCGGAUCGAGGGGGAUGUCACCCUUGGGGGGCUGUUCCCCGUGCACGCCAAGGGUCCCAGCGGAGUGCCCUGCGGUGACAUCAAGAGGGAGAAUGGGAUCCACAGGCUGGAAGCGAUGCUCUACGCCCUGGACCAGAUCAACAGUGAUCCCAACCUACUGCCCAACGUGACGCUGGGCGCGCGGAUCCUGGACACUUGUUCCAGGGACACUUACGCGCUCGAACAGUCGCUCACUUUCGUCCAGGCGCUCAUCCAGAAGGACACCUCCGACGUGCGCUGCACCAACGGUGAACCCCCGGUUUUCGUCAAGCCGGAGAAAGUAGUUGGAGUGAUUGGGGCUUCGGGGAGUUCGGUCUCCAUCAUGGUAGCCAACAUCCUGAGGCUCUUCCAGAUCCCCCAGAUUAGUUACGCAUCAACGGCACCCGAGCUAAGUGAUGACCGGCGCUAUGACUUCUUCUCUCGCGUGGUGCCGCCCGAUUCCUUCCAAGCCCAGGCCAUGGUAGACAUUGUAAAGGCCCUUGGCUGGAAUUAUGUGUCUACUCUCGCAUCCGAAGGAAGUUAUGGAGAGAAAGGUGUGGAGUCCUUCACGCAGAUUUCCAAAGAGGCAGGCGGACUCUGCAUUGCCCAGUCCGUGAGAAUCCCCCAAGAACGCAAAGACAGGACCAUUGACUUUGAUAGAAUUAUCAAACAGCUCCUGGACACCCCCAACUCCAGAGCCGUCGUGAUUUUUGCCAACGACGAGGAUAUAAAGCAGAUCCUUGCAGCAGCCAAAAGAGCUGACCAAGUUGGCCAUUUUCUUUGGGUGGGAUCAGACAGCUGGGGAUCCAAAAUAAACCCACUGCACCAGCAUGAAGAUAUCGCAGAAGGGGCCAUCACCAUUCAGCCCAAGCGAGCCACGGUGGAAGGGUUUGAUGCCUACUUUACGUCCCGCACACUUGAAAACAACAGAAGAAAUGUAUGGUUUGCCGAAUACUGGGAGGAAAACUUCAACUGCAAGUUGACGAUUAGUGGGUCAAAAAAAGAAGACACAGAUCGCAAAUGCACAGGUAGUGCUGGCACUCCAGUGAUGUUUAACAAGAACGGGGAUGCACCUGGGCGUUAUGACAUCUUUCAAUACCAGACCACAAACACCAGCAACCCUGGUUACCGUCUGAUUGGGCAGUGGACAGACGAACUACAGCUCAAUAUAGAAGACAUGCAGUGGGGUAAAGGAGUCCGAGAGAUACCCCCAUCGGUGUGCACACUACCAUGUAAACCUGGACAGAGAAAGAAGACACAGAAAGGAACUCCUUGCUGUUGGACCUGUGAGCCUUGUGAUGGUUACCAGUAUCAGUUUGAUGAGAUGACAUGCCAACAUUGCCCCUAUGACCAGAGGCCCAAUGAAAAUCGAACUGGUUGCCAGGAUAUUCCCAUCAUCAAACUGGAGUGGCACUCCCCCUGGGCUGUGAUUCCUGUCUUCCUGGCAAUGUUGGGGAUCAUUGCCACCAUCUUUGUCAUGGCCACUUUCAUCCGCUACAAUGACACGCCCAUUGUCCGGGCAUCUGGGCGGGAGCUCAGCUAUGUUCUUUUGACAGGCAUCUUUCUUUGCUACAUCAUCACUUUCCUGAUGAUUGCCAAACCUGAUGUGGCAGUGUGUUCAUUCCGGCGUGUUUUCUUGGGCUUGGGUAUGUGCAUCAGUUAUGCAGCCCUUUUGACGAAAACAAAUCGGAUUUACCGCAUAUUUGAGCAGGGCAAGAAAUCAGUGACGGCUCCCAGACUCAUAAGCCCAACAUCGCAACUGGCAAUCACUUCCAGUUUAAUAUCAGUUCAGCUUCUAGGUGUUUUCAUUUGGUUUGGUGUUGAUCCACCCAAUAUCAUCAUAGACUAUGAUGAACAUAAAACAAUGAACCCUGAGCAGGCCAGAGGAGUUCUCAAGUGUGACAUUACAGAUCUCCAAAUCAUUUGCUCCUUGGGAUAUAGCAUUCUUCUCAUGGUCACAUGUACUGUGUAUGCCAUCAAGACUCGAGGUGUACCAGAGAAUUUUAAUGAAGCCAAGCCCAUUGGAUUCACUAUGUACACGACAUGUAUAGUAUGGCUUGCCUUCAUUCCAAUUUUUUUUGGCACUGCUCAAUCAGCGGAAAAGCUCUACAUACAAACUACCACACUUACAAUCUCCAUGAACCUAAGUGCAUCAGUGGCGCUGGGGAUGCUAUAUAUGCCGAAAGUGUACAUCAUCAUUUUUCACCCUGAACUCAAUGUCCAGAAACGGAAGCGAAGCUUCAAGGCGGUAGUCACAGCAGCCACCAUGUCAUCGAGGCUGUCACACAAACCCAGUGACAGACCCAACGGUGAGGCAAAGACAGAGCUCUGUGAAAACGUAGACCCAAACAACUGUAUACCACCAGUAAGAAAGAGUGUACAAAAGUCUGUUACUUGGUACACUAUCCCACCAACAGUAUAGCUUUUGACUGCUUUCCAAAAGGUAAGAAAACAAUCUAAUUCUUAUUUAUUUAUAUGUUCUUGUCUCCAAUGAGAAUUAGAAAUGUCUCAGUGGAAACUGCAUGAUUACCUGAAAGUAUGUCUAUAGGAAGAAAUGAAUUUUGAAAGAUGAUCUGUUUUAUAAGCUUAGUGCCAGCAGCUGCUACUGGUAAUAUGCUUGCUUAAUUUUCUAAAGGACGUGUUUAUGAGUAUGUACAUAUUUGUUUUUCCUGAACAACUAGGCAGUAAUUUCAGAGAACUGGUGCUAGUCAUUCUGACACAUUCUCUACUUUAAAACUACCAUGGUGAGAAGCUAUUUCUCAAUGUAUGAUUUUCUACUCUGGGUUUAGAAGGCAAUGUGGAAAACCUACAAGGAGAGAAGGGGGAUGCUUAAUAAAUGCAAUCUUAGUAAAAUGUUUGUUCUGGUUUAUUUUUACUAAAUACAUUCGAAGAAGUAUAUAUAUUCCCAGAAAAGCAUCCAUGGAAAUAGCAGCAAAUGGCCUUACCAUCAUUAACCCAAAAUUGUCUUGGUUCCUUCUCUGCAGAAAAUAAAUAGGUUUACUGUUCUGGAUUGAUGAUAUGUUGAUGACGAUUUGUGGCUCAUAGUUCUGCCUUUGACAAACACUGAAGCAACUUUAGUCAUCACACAAAGGUAGAGAAAGGGUCAGACCACAAGGGUCUAAAGGUUAGUUUCAAUAUUGGUCACACUCAAGAAAUACCUAUAAAUACCAAGGGUGUUCAAAUAAAUAAAUUAGAGAAAAUUAUGUUGUAUUGUGUGAUGUGUGAACCAGCCACAUGAGUGGGCUAGCCUAAGAAUAAUAAUGGAUUCACCACAGAUGCUUCUAUAUUGCUUUAGGCUCUCACUCAAGAAUAUAUACUCUGAAAGAAUAUUAUCCUCACCCUGUUUCAGCCUAAGCAAUAUUACAAGACAGUGGAAAAUAACAUUUGCUAUGGCAAGCAUUCUCAUCCACAUGGAACAGGGCAUUCUAAACAAUGUAAAAUAUAUAGUAGAGAACAUGGAGUAAGUUAUUAGAGUCAUGUGGUAGCUUUGAAUAAAAAAUUCUUUUUUGAUUUUCUCUCAACCUCCUAUUGCACUUACAAAAUAUCGAGCCCUGUCUCUAGAAAGAUUCCAAAAGAGUAAGCAGUGAGGUCAUGCCGCAGGAGGGGGAAAAAUAUUGCUUAAUAAUGUAGACUAGUCUUUCUCUUUCCUACAUUGAUAACAUGACACUUUUAUCAGAUCACCAUUCUGUUUCUUCUCAUCUCUGUUUGUGUAAUAGUAUUCUAAAUACAAAUAAUAUCUUGCUCUCUCUCUCUUUUAUCCAUUUAGCAUGGUAAGACAGGAUAAGUGUAAUUCCAAAGAGUAAUUACAUUUUCUGUUGACUUUAGAUGGAUGCCAGUAACUCGGCCUUUAAUUUAGGGUAUAUUGUUCAGAUAGGUAUUUCCUUUUUCCUUAUCAACAUGAUCUGUCCUAGUUUUUAAAUAGGGCAUUCUUUUCUCCUAGUUAAUAUGUAACUGUACUCCAGUGAGAUUUCAAGUUUUUUGCAGUACAAGUGCUUGUCAAAACACUGUAGCUCAUCACUUUAAUAGUCUUUUUUACAUGAGACUGACUGAGACUAAAUAAGAAGGGAUUUUCCCUGGGUAAAAAUGAUAGAUUUAAUCUCAAUCCAUUAAAAAUUCUCUUUUGUUCUUUUCUAAGUUGAUCCCUUUUGGUUUAAAGGGAGUCAGAUGAAAAUAUUUUAAGUCAACCUUUUAGUUAAAAAAUACUUUCAGGAUAUGCAGGUUAGAAGUAAAUUCAAACUGUUAGCUAGAAUUGUCUUACUUCAGAGAUUUUGAUGAGAGAAAGCAAGUCACAUCAAGAGAGAGGAAUAAUUGCUUAAUAAUGUGGACUGGUCUGUUUCCUAUGCUGAUAUCGUAGGGCUUCUAUUAGUUUAUUAUUCUAUUUCUUCUCAUCUUUGUUUUGAAAUGGUAUUCCAAAUACAAAUAAUAGUUGUAUUUGGUCUCCUUUUCUGACCAAUUUAAAUAUGGCUUUAGAAAGUAAUGAUAAAUAUUUUGUGGAACUAUUUCAAAAUAAUUUGGAAUAGAAGUUGGUUUAAAUUACAUGAAUUCAAAGAGCAGAUGAUUUACUUGUUCAGGUCAAUAUUAGACUAGUAAACUUGUGAGACCAAUGAAAGAAGUCUCUUAAUGCUAUGUGUUCAAAUCCAUUUCUAAGUGAUUGCUUUCAGGGAGACAAAACAGUAAAAAGAUAACCAUAGAUUCAGGAGUAAACUUUCAUACUACUGCACUAUUAAAACUCAGUGUCGGGUACCAUGUCCCAACAAAGUCACGCUAUAUACAGGAAUUCAAACAUUUGCUUAUAGGGAUUUGAAGGAAGUAGGUUCAAAUUCAGAUGGAACAUAACUUAAGCCUGGUUUGAAAAUGCAUUCCAUAACAUGCCUCUGUUUAAAAGCACUCUCAUGUGACAAAGACCUCAUUCACACAAUCAUAGAGCUCCCUGGACACUGAACCUCUAAAGGGAAAAGGUCUCCCCUGGAGCAGGAGCAUCAGGGUUUUCUUGGGAGCUUAAGAGGUGAGCUUGGGGCUGGGCCAGGCCCCAGCAGCACUGCUACUUGGGAGGAACCACUUCACCUUUGUAUUAGUUAUUAGAUGUCAUCAGCAGAAUCAAUACUUUCUGCAUCCUUUACAUGAAUAUCUAUAAAUUUUUAAACUCUGCAAUGUGUUAUCAACCUAAUGACAUUAUGUCGAAAUGCAAUUACGUACAAAAUAAAAAGCACCAUGCACCUGGUAUCAUCACCAUCACCAGGUCAGGAAAGAAGCUUUGUUAAGACGUAAAUUUUUACAUUCUAGGAUGGUAUUUUGAUUAAAAACCUUUGAGAGUAUAAUUAAGCCUUGUGAGAAUACCAAGUACCUGAAUUAUAUUAUUGACAUCCAUUAUUGAAUGGUAUUACACAAAUUAAUAAUCUUUGGUUUCUUAUAAUGAAUGGGAUGAUUUGGCAAUUCUACGCAUUUGGAAACUGCAGUGCAAGUUUUAGUAUCAUGUUGGGACUCUCCCUCUUUGACAUUCAAUGUGAUAUCUCUGCUGUAACGGGAGACCACCUCCACUUAAACUUCACUUUGGGACACUAUAAGUAUAGCAAAGAAUACAUGUUAUCUGACCUUUGACACUGAAUCACCUUGGGAAUAAAUGCUGCUAUAAAAUUUUUGGCAUAUUUCUCUCUGCCUAAGAGGUUCCUGAGACACCAUCAUUUCCUCGCCAAGGUUUGAUAUCUCAGCAUAUCUUCAAAAUUCAAUUGAUAUCUGCUGUCUUGGUUCUGCAACUUGAGUUCAACUUAACUGGAUGGAUGAAUGUUUACAUGGAUACUACUUCUCUCGUUCCUUGCAUAAAAGAAAUGUACACAUCAUACCUCAAAGUCACUAAAACUAUGUCAAGUUUUACAUUAUAUGCAUUGCACUGCCCUAUAUGGUCAAGACUGUUUACUGCGUGAGUGUCCUUAAAUUGGGUCAAUCAAAGAAAUAUUUGCCAAACACCUCUCCUCUGGGCCAUCCUUGAACUGACUAGGAGUCGGGGACAGGAGGGGACAAUGCGUUCAGGGAGCUUAGAUCUGAUGGAAGACUCGAAGGUAAGUAAUAGACUCAAAGGUAACAGGGGCUCCUCCUCAAGGUAGGUACCAAGUACCAUCAAGCUACAGGUGGAGAGCAUCAUCCAGUACGCUUUGCUUGAGCUGCUCUUAAAAAAUAAA